AUGAGACCAAGCACAAAUCAUUUGCCGAAAAAUUCCCAAUUGGUAGUAAUCUGCGUAAAUCUAAAAUUGCAAGUUUAUGGUCAAGGCACACAUCCAUCCCAGAUCAUGAGUCGUUCAAUGACUGAACAGGAGAAAUGUGGUGAGGCUUCUUUACGUAUUUCUUGGACUCUUGCUAAGCAUAUGAAACCAUUUACCGAUGCCGACAUAGUAAAAGAAUGCAUGCUCGCGGCAGGCAAUGUUUUGUUUGAGAACAGAAAAGAUGUUGUUGAAACUAUUCGGCGAAUUCCGUUAUCAGCGUCUACUAACUCAAGAAAUACACAUGUUUUGGCAGAAGAAAAUCAUUGCGAUGUGAAACGGCAGUUAAAAAAUGCAGACUAUUAUGCAUUGUCUAUAGAUGAAUCAUGCGAUAUUACUGAUAAAGCACAACUGGUUAUUUUUGUACGGUACUUGGACAAAUUGAGAGACACUUUUGUUGAGGAGCUAUUAGUUAUUUUGCCGUUAAUUGGAAGAACACGAGGAGAAGACAUGAUCAACACGGUGAUGGAUUAUUUCGAUAAAGAUGAUUUAGACUUGAAAAAGCUUUUAUCUGUAACUACCGACGGUGCACCAGCGAUGGUUGGGGCCAAAAAAGGACUAGUUCACCUAUUGAGAACCAAUGCAAAAUGUAAUGAAAAUUUGAUUUCUUACCACUGUAUCAUACAUCAAACUGUGCUUUGCUGCAAACUCAAUCCUAAUUUUGAGAGUAUUAUGCAAGAAGUGAUCAAAAUAAUAAAUUUUCUUCGUGCAAAAUCAUCACUGAAACAUCGUGAAUUAAAAAUAUUUCUUGACGAAGUUGAUGCACAAUAUGACGAUCUAUUGUUGCAUAAUAAUGUGAGAUGGUUAAGCAAAGGCUGCGUUUUACAACGAUUCUUCGCCAUUUUAGAAGACUUGAAGACAUUUCUGUUCAACUCUGAUCAGAUUUUGACAAACGCCUACUUAACUUUUCUAAACGAUAAAGAAAAUUUAGCUUCCAUCGCUUUCUUAUCGGAUAUUUUUAAACAUAUCAAUGAUCUGAACGUUAAACUUCAAGGCAAAGGAAAGCUUGUAUGGGAGCUUCUGACAAAAGUAAAAAGCUUUUCGCGAAAACUCGAUUUAUUUAAUAACGAUCUUGAUAAUGAACGCUUGCACUUCCCUAAUUUAAAAAAAAUAAUCCGCAGUGACAAUGAGAUUGACGUCGGCCAAUAUAAGACAUUUAUUAAGGAUCUUAAAUCGGAAUUCAAAAACAGAUUUGUAGAUUUUAAGAAAAUUGAGAAUGUCGUCGAAAUCCUCAGCAACAUUUACUCCCUGCAUCCUGAUGGUGAAUGGAGCAAUGAAGCUAAAAAUGUUUUCGGGAGUAAUAAAGCUACUCUACAGAUGGAAAUUAUCGAUUUCCAAGAAAAUACAGUUUUAAAAAGUCACAAAAAUACGGCAGUUUCGUGUGAAGACUUUUGGGUAAAAUUUGUGUGUGGGAAUAGAUACUCAGAAUUAAAAAAAAUAGCCUUGAAACUACUUACUUUGUUUGGGUCAACGUAUACAUGUGAAGCUGCAUUUUCCAAGAUGAACUUUAUUAAAAAUAAAUUUCGAGGUAGACUUACCGAAGAACAUCUCCAAGAUUUAAUGAGAAUAGCCUGCACUAACUUUAGUCCAAACUUCGGACAGAUAGUUCAAGGGAAAAAAUGUCAUUUUUCACAU